CUCUUCCUUCUCGCCCCCAGCACGUGGAUAUUCAGAACUUCUCGUCCAGCUGGAGUGACGGCAUGGCCUUCUGCGCUCUGGUCCACAACUUCUUCCCCGAGGCCUUUGAUUAUGGCCAGCUGAGCCCGCAGAACCGGCGCCACAAUUUCGAGGUGGCCUUUUCGUCAGCAGAGACCCACGCUGACUGCCCCCAGUUGCUGGACACAGAGGACAUGGUGAGGAUGCGCGAACCAGACUGGAAGUGCGUUUACACGUACAUCCAGGAGUUUUACCGCUGCCUGGUUCAGAAGGGGCUGGUAAAAACCAAAAAAUCCUAAACUCCCCCCGCUGAGAGCCAGCCAGCCACGGGUGCUGGUGGACUGUGUGCCCCUGGUGGACGUGGAAGAUAUGAUGAUCAUGGGCAAGAAGCCAGACCCCAAGUGUGUCUUCACCUACGUGCAAUCCCUGUACAACCACCUGAGGCGUCACGAGCUGCGCUUGAGGCAGAAAGAACUCUAGGGCGCCCCCUCCUCCCCUCCAGCGUGUGGAUGAAGGCUCGCGGGGUGGCACCCCCUCCCCUCCCCAGCACGGUCACCCCCGGCACAGCCCCGACCCCGGCCCACAGCGCCAGCAGCCCCGCCACUCACAGCAUUUCACAGCGUUUUUAUAAAUUAUUCGUUCUCAA